AGGUGUCAUUUUAGAAGCAUGAAUAAAAAAGCUUUUGGGGUUUAGGGUUUUGGGUUCUUAUGUGUUUUAUAGUCUUCUAUAGUCUUCUAUAGUCUUCUUCAAUUCAUAAUGAAUAAAUUCAUUUUAUGUGAUUCGGUUUUACAAAACGCGAACAGUGGUACUCGAAUUAUGAUGUUAAACAAAAAAUGUGAAUAAAAAUAAUAACCAACACCUAGUGGGUGCUAUGUUGCUGCCUGUGUAAAUAAAAGGAUGAAUGCAGAAAAGAGACUGUAGCAAUGAUAUUAUUUGAAAUUCGAUUAUUUAAUAAAAUUAAGGUUGUGUAAGUCUUGAAACAAAUAGAGCAAUGAGAUUCCAUCGAAGGUGCGGUGACCGAGUCACGCUAUUAAACGAUAAUUCAACAGCAGUACGAAAUUUUGUAGAAUUCAACCAUGGUUUGAUUUUAAGCGCUGAGCCUCUGAAGGAUGACAUAUUAUUUGAAAUAUGUAUAGACAGAAAGGUGAAUGUUUGGAAUGGAUCCCUAGAAAUUGGUGUUACCACUUUAGAUCCUGAGUACAUGGAACUUCCAGCUACUGCUACAAAACUACGUAACACAGCCUGGAUUAUGUCAGGAAGUUCCAUUGUUAAAGAUGGUGUUACUAUUAUUAAUUCAUAUGGGCCUGAACUUGAUACACUCCGUGAAGGUGACUGCUUAGGUGUGAUGCGUACUUGUAAGGCAGAGUUAAUGUUCUAUAUCAAUGGUAGGUGUAUUGGUCUUGCUGCGAGAGACCUGCCAUCAAAAGUGUUUGCUGUAAUAGAUCUGUAUGGUCAAUGUGUUCAAGUUUCAAUAACGCAUUCAAGCAGUAUGAGGCCUAUUAUGGAGAGCAGCUUAGACCAGAUUGAAGAGGAUCCUAACAAUGAUAAUACAUUGACUUCAAGUGAGAUGGAUGUGGCAGGGGCACUACCGGAAUGUGCAUCCAAAGAUUCUCAAAAUGUUUACAUACCGAUGACAUCAGAAGGUGCCACUGCAUUGGCUCAAGAUCGACUUCGUUUUCAUCCACGAUGUGGAAUUCUAGUCAAAUUAUCAAACAAUAAUAAAUCUGCCGAAAGAGCGAGACCACUGGAUGAUUAUAACAACGGUGUUGUGAUGACUCAUCGACCCUUGGCAGACAAUGAGUUAUUUGAAAUACGCAUAGACAGGCUUGUGGAUAAAUGGAGUGGGAGCAUAGAGGUGGGAGUAACUACACACAAUCCAGCCACUAUCAGAUUCCCAUCGACAAUGACAAACAUGGAUACAGGCACUAUUAUGAUGUCUGGUUGCAAGGUGUUGCUCAAUGGACACGGCACUUGCAUGGAGUAUGGGAAUUUCAAUCUAGACGAAUUGAGAGUUUCUAUCGUCGACCCCUGUGAAGAUGUAGACAGUAAUGUAAACCCACCGUCGUCGGUACUUUCUACACAGUACCAAUUUCCAUCUUUGUGUCGUUUGAGACCAAACUUAGACGAACAUACUCUUUUAUUUCAUACGCUGCGUGAUUCGAAUGUUAUUAUUAUUAACGAUGGUAAGACUGCUCAUAGGCCUAAUGCUUUCGAAUACUUCAACAACGGCAUAGUAAUGACGAAUAGAACGCUUAGGACUGGUGAGCUUUUCCAAGUUAGGCUGGAUCUAGUCAUACCCAAGUGGGCCGGAAGCAUUGAAAUCGGGGUCACGCAGCAUUCUUCAAACGAUAUCAAGUUUCCAUUCAAAAUGAGCAAUGCUAAAUCCGGCACUUGGGCUAUGACUGGAGAAGACGUAAUACGCGACGGAACCAUAAUCAUACCGCAGUACGUCAGGAAUCUUAAUAGAUUAGUGGAAGGAGACACUGUCGGUGUAAUGCGAAAAGAUAUGGGUAUUUUGCAUUUUUUCGUUAACGGCGUCGAUCAGGGUCCUGCUGCGUUCAAUAUACCAGAACAUGUCUUCGGAAUAGUUGAUCUAUAUGGCCGCGUUGCGCAAGCGACUAUAGUAGACUGCUAUAUGCCGCCACCGUUCUCACCAGAAUCGCCAUUGUCUACAGAAUCCAACGCCACUGUUUAUCCUGAAAUGUGCUUCCAUCGCGUUCAUGGACGCAACGCUCACCUUAGCCGCAACAGACUGACCGCGUACCGUGGUACGGUUUACUCGGAGUUCAAUGACGCAGUAUUAUUCAGUUCGCGGCCGUUGCGAGAGUGUGACAUGUUUGAAUUGCGUAUAGACAAAAUGGUCGACUGCUGGAUCGGCAGCUUAGAAAUAGGAGUAACUGCAAUACGGCCGGACGACUUAGAAAGCAAUGGUGGAGUAGGUGCCGUGGCUGGCACAGCUACUGAUUUAAAUUGGGACACUUAUAUAUUGAGCGGUGCUGCUAUGAUGAAGGAUGGUGAAUGUGUACGCAGCGGAUAUCCAUUAGAUUUGGACACUUUAACCGUCGGCAGUAGAGUUGGUUUAAUGUGGCAUGCUGAUCGUAGUCUACAUUAUUAUUUAGACGGAAUGGACAUGGGCAAAGCAUGGAGCUUCUCUGAAUAUUGUGGUGACAACAUCUGUCUGAUGCACGACUAUUCAUAUGCACGACGACUUACACCGGAUCCUAUGGCUGCAUUAGUAUUUAGUUCCGCACACCUCGCCGUCGGGGAAGUAUUUGAGGUAAAACAUUCCUAUAUUAGUUACAAGUGUAUUAUAAUACUAGCUCGUGUAAGGAAAAUAAUAUCUAAAACAUUUCCAGUAGUUUCAGAGCCUAUUCGAUGCAAAUAAUCAAACAAUCAAAUCAAAUCAAUGUGUUCAUAAGUUUUGAGACAAACUUUUUACUAAAAUAAUAGAAUAAUAUGUUAUUGGCUGUUAUUUUUUUUUAAUUUGGAAUGUUAACUUUCUGUUUAUUUGUAUCACAAAUUCAUUUGUUUAUAUUUUCACGUGAUGGAGGGAACGAAACAAUUACGUGCAAAAAAAACCCGAUGCAGAUUUUCCGCGAGCUGAAAAGUUCUCGUGUAAGCCGUAACUUCGUCUAUUACACAAUACAGCGGUAACUACAAAAAUAUAAGUUUCUGCAUGAUCGUCAAAGGAGUGAUAAAAAUAGCACAGUGUAAGUAUGGAUACGCGGGCAGUUUUCGUAUGGGAGUGACAGAUAUAAACAUACUAAACGCGCAUGUCAAUCGGAGUUUUCCACCUUCUGUAUCUUACUUGCCACAUUAUACGGCUUAUAUUGACGUGGAACUUGAUUCUUCACUUUCAAAGCUGCCGUCAUCAGAAUCAUCAGAAUCAUUUAAACGGUCAUACUAUAACAAAAUUAUAAGAACGAUUAGAGAUUUUCCCAAUUCGUUUGAGCACAAAUAGAAUAGGCCCUCAAGUAUCAUGUUAAUGCGUACGAUUUAUAAGAACUGCAUUAAAUUAGAAAUAUGAAUUGCAGGGAAGUACAUAAAAUAUUCAAAAGCUGGUACUCGCGAGCACAAUAUGUAUACUUUCGUGCCGUCAUUGGAGUGGCUUAGGCCUGGAGACAGGAUCGGGCUCAAGAAGACCAUUGAUAGCCGUGUGCUCAUAUACUAUAACUCCGAGCUAGUAGAUAUGGCCUUCGAAAAUGUGCCUGAUAAGGUGUAUGUAAUCAUGGAAAUAUAUGGACAUGUUACUAAAAUCCAAGCGGUAUCAAGAACUAAUCUGGGCAAUGCGUUCCCUCAAUCAACAAUACCAAACGAUGAAUGUACGAAGGCAAUUCUACCUGCAACCAACAACGCUAAUAGCGUUUGCAACAGUACUGGAGCAAUUCAACCUAACUAUGGUCAAUUGAACGCUGAAGUUACUAAUGGCCACUUUAAUGAGGCAUCCACUGAACAAGUGACAGUUUGUAACGAAGAAAUGGCCGCUUCUAUAGAUGUUACCAAUGAACCGACCACUACGACCGCCGCUCUAGUGACUACGGAGACUAGGAGAAAACGACAUCCGUUGCCGUAUACAUUCCAUUAUGUGCACGGAAAGAAUAUCAGGCUUUGCAGUUCAGGUAAGACUUGGAAAUUCAUUGCUUAUACCUAAACAAGGAAUAUGCGGCUGAUUUAAAAAAUAAGAGGUUAAAUAUUAUUUAUUACAGUCAUUCUUAAGAAUGAAAUCUAUGUAAAAAUUUUCAACAUUAUUUCGAUUUCGUCUUGAAAAUAAUUGAAAAUGCAUAUAUAUGAUUAUUAAAAAUUAAAAACGUAAAUUUGUUCUUACAAUUAAUUUACAUAUGUAUUGAAUAUGAUUACAGACACAGUCGCUGUUCGCACAUCAGGGUAUAAAGAUGCAGUCGCGAUUGUUAGUCAGCCAUUGCGAAGAGGACACAAUUUUAGGUUCCGUGUAGACAAAGUGGCAGGGGAAUGGUCGGGCAGUGUAUCUAUUGGAGCUGUUGGCGCUUUGCCUUCUGAGAGUCUGCCUCAGUGCGCGAUGCAUCUCGAACCACCAAUAUGGGUGAUCUCCAGCGAUCUCUUGCACGAUAACGGCGUUUUCAAAAAGACACACUUGGCGUCUGCAUUGGAUGAUCUGCAAGAACAGUCUGUGUUGACGAUACAUUUUAGAUUUAACAGCGAGCUAGUCAUAGAUAUAGAUGGGAAAGUUAUCGGCACCAUAGGUACUAUUCCCAGGCCAUUUAGUCACGUCUUCCCAUUGAUAGAUCUCUAUGGGAGAGUUCAACAAGUAAGUCUUCGAGUAUCAGUAUUACUUCACCCGUUCGUUGUUGUGAGUGGUACUUCUCUCGAUUUACCAAUUAUAGCGGAAAAUCUCCGAGAAGAAUCUCUCGCAGAGUUAGAAUCCGACGAUACUGAAAACGCGCAUGACGCUAUCAACACCGCUUAUUUUCCCGAAAUCCGAUGCAAGCGUAAACCUAAAUCUUAUAGUCAAGAUAACCUAGUCGAAGAUCAUCUAGAUCCCAUUGUGCAACCUGGUCCGAGUUCUCAUCCCGAUCCACUGCCAUCGUUUAGUCUUCCUAAUGCAGAAAUAAAUAAAUUAGAUAUAUGCAGAAAAGUGUGCCAGAACCGUGUGUCACUCCAUCAUAGUUUAAUCCUGCCGGAGAACAGUUCAUUUCCCAUCGACAACAACGAGGCUGUCAAUCGUUGCAUACAGAAAAGUCAUUCGACUCACAACUUUUGUCAAGUGGAGGAUAACAAUUUAGAAUACGACAUGAAAACACCGAUCAUACGUCAUACGUACAGCGACGGUUCACAUGUCGAUGAUUCUGAUGAUGUCGUCCACGAGAAUAUAUUAUGUGACACCAACAUUCGUCAUAAUGACAGAUAUCCUGAAGCGAAUGACGUGGAUAAUUUGGAUAACGAAAUCAUGGAUGCGUUGACGCUUGAAACUGGCAAUUUGCCUGACUUGACUGAGGAGCAGUCGUCGUCGAUAGACGAGUCUACCAGACGGGAUGAUAUUUGGUCAGAGCCGUUAUCCGUAGAGAAUUUGAAUUAUCUCAAUAGGAUAUUGUGUUUCGACCAGGAUGGUACGGAGGGGCAGAGCUUGGAGUCGGAAUGGGAGGCUUCAGGGGAAGGCUGUGAGCAUUUGCACUUAGUUUUGAAAUAUUGGAAUUUCCUCGUGCUUCCAUAUCCAGAGUUGCGCCAAGCAGUUUCGUGGGGCCAAGUAAGCUGGUUUGAUGAGGAAGGGAAACCGCAUCACACAGUGCUGGCUAUAGAAAUUGACGUAGAGGGUUCGGAUGCAGAGAAUGACAGGUUGUUAGCGUUUUUAAUUUACCUCAAAUCCCAUGUGGUGUUCAUAGACGACAACCCGCCAAGUUUAGAAGAAUAGGCUACCCCCACAUACACGUAUAUUUAAGAAAUAAAAAUCAUUUGUUCCAUAAAAUUGUAUGCAUGAUGAUAAAAAGAAAUCACUUGUGAUAUUAAGAAUCUGCAUAAUUUUGAUCCACGUGUAAUAUGUGUGUGUUGAUACGGAAAUUGAGCUUUACAUUCAUUGUUAUAUACAGGUAGUAACCAAACAUGCGCUGGCAACUAGUUAUCGUUGGCGACUUAUUAUGGGGUUCCAUUUCUUUUCGUGUAUAAAGAAUGACUUCGGAAUUUCAUAUCGAUAACUAGUCGAUAUAAUACAUUGUGCGUAAAUAAGUCCUAGUAUGUAAUACUGUGAAAUUUUAUUAAAUUAUUCGAAAUGAAACUUUUUAUUGUUAAAUUUGAAAAUUUAAUAUAUCUACAUUUAAUUGUCCAUUCAUCAAAAGAAAAUAGCAUUG